ACUCAUAUAUAAGACGAUGCACCUUUGCAGAUUUCAGAUAUGGCAGAGCAUUUCAUGAAAGUUGUCAGCACUGACAAGUUGCCUUCCUCCGACAGUUACCAUAGUAACAGUCAGAGGAAAGUGCUCACAGCCAAUAAAAACCAAGGAUUUCACUGAAAUUGUCAGCACUGACAAUUUAGUCAGUGCUGACAACUUUGAUGACCCCCCAGAGCUCCGGAUCGAUCGGAGAGCUAGAGGUACGAAAUUGACCCCGCUCUGCCAGUCGACCACGCCCUCUUAUCCAAAGACACACAAAAGUUCCGGUACACGUGUAAAAUUAAAAGUUCAAAGUUGGAGCCGAAUAUCUUGUUAUUGUUUUGAAUCGGAAGUGAUUUCCUGUGAUGUGGCAUGCACGUAUUGGAAGCACAGAAUUUAUCACGAUGAAGCUGGCUCACUUCUUCAUAUUCAUGUUCGCCGUGAACGUCUUCCAUUUUGUGAAGCCCGAAAUAGAUUUCAGUGUCCCUGAUCUUGACCCUAGGAAUCCAUUUUAUAAGGGCCGGCCUGCCAAUGUCUUUGGCAAGUAUGCAGAGCCGACACCUUACGUUGAAGAAAUACAGGCAAGUCCAGAAGACCAUUUCCCUACACCGGUAGAGUUCCAUGAGAGGUAUAUUAAAGAGUACAAACCUGUUGUGUUGCGGGGAGCAGCAAAACACUCUGCAGCCUAUCAUCUUUGGACAGAAGAAUACUUGAAGGAAAUGUAUGGAGGUCUUUCAGUCAGGCUUGAAGCCAGGAGUGAGGACAACUCUAGGAUACCAAGUGGUGUGGGAGGGAUGGGACGAGACACCAUCAGCAACUUCUUGGAUCGCUACCAGACCCUAGAUGGUUACAUCAUAUCACAAAUACCUACUCCCAUGGAGAAAGACAUCGCCUUUCCUCCAUUCCUAACCUGUGGAUCCCUGGCACAGGGUGUUCAGGAAGUCCACCUGUUUCUGAGUUCUCGAGGAGGGAAGACUCUGCUUCACCGCGAUCCAUACAGCUCCAUCCACUGUGUAUACAAUGGGACCAAGCAAUGGCUUAUUGCAGAUCCUAUCCAGAAAGAACGGCUUUAUAUGUCUGAGGACUCUCGCUUUGAGUUUGGAGGAUACUCGGGUGUCAAUGUAGAUGACGUAGACUAUGACAUACAUAGUAACGUCAAGGACCUGGUGUUUGACAGGGUGAUUCUGGAAAAAGGGGAUUGUAUCUACAUGCCUAGCGGCUAUACACAUCAGGUGAGAUCAAGAGGGUAUAUGAACAGUGCUGUAUCCAUCUGGUUCUCUCACUUUUUGACCUUUGACCCUACGGGCUGUGAAGAUUCAGGCAAUACUUUCCAACCCAUGAGCGAGUCAUCCGUUCUGUGGCGCUACAGCGGUCACGGAGAGCUCUCACAAGGUCAUAUGGAUGUGCACAUGUUGAGAACUGUCAUGAAAACCAUAGCUGAUACAACUGGCAAGAUUUGGUUGGGAGAAUUCACAGAUAACUUUAUACAGGGAGAACUAAAUGAUGAAGACUUACUUGUAAAACAACGUUUGGAGUUUAUGGAGAUUUUGGAUACCAACGGACAAGGUUACAUCACGGUAAAAGAGUUAGAUUCCUUACCUCUACAAACAUUGAAGGAUCUAGUAGAGGUCAUUGACCCUUCAGAUGCCUCCAACAAGGGAGAUUUUGAAUAUCACCACAUUGACAAGGAUGCUAUUUGGGGCGCUCUCACAAUGCUCCGAGGUCACAAUCCAUCACAACCAUUCAGUGGAUCUGAUUUCAUUAAGAUUUACACCUUCUACUUGGGAGGGAGUACAGAGGUUGCAAAAGAGAUUCUCGAUGUUUUAGAUCCAGAAGGUACCAAUCAGAUAGAUUCCCGCAUGAUCAUGCAGUAUGGUGACAAGGCCUUUGAGAAGUUCAACAAAGGGUACCAACACGACCCAACCAUCGAAAAACUCUGGUACAAGCAGUUUGUAGCCAAAGGAAUCUUCCAGGAAUUCGGUGUGAACCAUUUUGACAACCCAGAGGAGAGAUGGAUAAUGGCAGAGAGUGACGUGGGAGGAGAGUGUAACAGUGUGGAGGAUGUAGGGCAUAACGAAAUUGUGUAUGUCAAUGAUCCGGAGAGCAUCCACGUGUGUGACAAGAAAUCACGGUUGGAAAAGGAGGAGGGAAGGAAAGAAGAGCUGAAUCAAGUGGAAGAGAAAGAGAUGGAGCAGAAGGUUCAGGACAGUGGAGAUGAUAGGCAUGAUGAGUUAUGAUACCAAGUUGAUUCGUUUUGAAGUUGGCCAGAAGUUGCAAGGUCACAUUGAUCAUCUAACACUACAUGUGUAAUGACUUACAUGUAUACGUAUCACUGCAAGACAUUUAAAUUGCAUUUUUUUCAUUUUGGGGGCGAUCUAACAUUCGCUUGAACCGAGACACUUGCUCCUGCAUUGAUUUUUCUGAAGAUAUAGGGUUAGAGUUAGCGGUGUGAUGGGGUUUUUGGUUAAGAAUAUAGUGAGGAUUAAGAUUAUACUUUGAUUUGAGCGUAGUGUUUAUGUUUGGGUAAAUACAGCAUUUCCAUAGGAGCAAUUGUUGCAGGAGCAGAUGUCAUGGAAUAUAAUUUGGGAAGAAAGGUCAAGUUUCUUUUGCAUGUGUAUUCAUUCUGGUAUUCCUUUGCUUUGUGUAUGUUUUUGCUUUCAUCAGUGUGAAGAUUUCUUAUUGUGGGGCCAUAUCCUGCUUGUGAGAUCACUAUUCUUUGUGCACAGAACAGUUUUAUUAAAAAAUUGGAAUAUUAUGUGUAAGCAUGUAGUUCGCAACCAAUCUGAAAUAGAAUAUUUGUAUUAUAUUGGAUGGCUCAGAAUGAGAUACCAGAGAUAUUCCAAGAGUUGGGGGUGUUAUCGCACAAAUCGAUAUUGGCCUCAACAAGUGGAUUAUUUCUGGUAUUCCAUGAAAUUGAUUGAGCAAAUUAUAUCACUCACUUCAAUCGGUUAAUAUGGCCUCACUUCAUGAGAUCAAUUUGAUCAUAGAAAUGUGACAUACAUUGAGCUCUUUUGACGUCAUUUAGUUUCAAUGCAGUCUGAGCUGUGCCUCACAAUUUAUUGAUUAUUGUGUGUGUUGUACAUGACUGUAUAUUUUGCAUUUGACUGUUCAAUAUGGUACCAUAAUGAACGUCAAGUUUUAUACAGUAGUCUACCUGAGUCUAUUGGAUAUAUAUUCAUCAGAUAUUUCGUGCUUCGUGCAAUAUGAUCGCAUACUGCACAGGUAAAUCAUGCGAACCAAAUACACCUUUAUUGGAUAAAACACCCUACUUUUAAUAUUUAAAUAUUCUAAAAGGUUUAACAAAAAUUAAUAUCCAAUAUAUGUAAAAGUAUUAAAUACCUAUGAUAUGAGACAAAAGUUCCAUUAUUUGACUUGCAAUAGAAGGCUAUAUGUAACAAAAGUUUUCAUAUCUAUCCUGUAAUGGGAAUAGCUCUUUCUUUGCCAAAAUGCACUAAAUAGAAAUAUUUGAAAGCAUUUAAUUUUCAUGAAAUUAUAUGUUUACCUUUUUCAAUAAUGAUAUCUCAAUAUAAAAUUUAGCAAUCAUUUACAUGCCUGAAUUAUUCAUUACCCAAGAUUAUGAGUGAAGUUUGUAUUUUUUUGUGGGGAUGGUAUUUGAAAAUUUGUAGCUUCAAAUUAUGGCUUUUCACAAGGAUGAAUUUUCAAUGCUUAAAGAUAAACACCAGUUAUGGUAAAGAUCUCAAAAUGAGAUCGAACAGAAUCCAAUAAAAUUACCACCAUAGUGUUUGUAUGUAUAAAUAAAAAAUAUGUGCCUAAUAGCUCUAGAGGAAAAUGCGUAAUUGCUGAGAAAUUAGCAAAAUAAGCACGGAAUUCCAUCAAAUGUCAGGUGUUUUUUUAAGCAAUAUUGAUACAUUGUCCCACAUAUGCUUUUCCGUGUUAGUGAGCAUCAGAAUUAUCAAUUUUGAGCUAACAUUUCAUGAUUUUACAAAGAUAAGUUUACAUUAAUGUACCAGAUCUAGAUGUAUGAUAAUAUUUUGACAAUUAACUCUGAUUUAAAAGACUUUCUCAUGAAAUAAUUCUUUGCUGCAACUACUGUCUUUUACCUUUAAUUAAUGGACAUUACCACCACUAUAUACCUGCUGGCUCUCAUGGUUACUGGGAUUUUUUCCGGGGGGGGGGGGUCCAUGAAAAUUUAAAGAUUUAUCUUUAAUACAAUCAUUUAUCAGCCACAAUGACAUCAUUUAUGCUAUGUGGAGAAACAUCUUAAUCUUUUGACUGGUGAAUUCUGUAAUUUAUAGGCUUUGCACAGGGUCUUUGCCCUGUUCUAGUUGACUAUGAGUUAAGAUGUGUCUGGCAUUCUUCCUCAAAUUUGCUUUGAGUUAAGACUCACUUCCUUGUUUUGUUAUUAUGCUUGUCAGGACAUUGAUGCCAAUCUUACAACUAAAGCCAUAUACAGGCUUUUUUUUGAAAUUCACAAUGAACAUCUUAUACUUGUUCCCUUAACCUUAUUGUCUCGCCCAACAAGAGGUGAAGGCGAGACUUAGGGAUCCAAAUUUUGUCCGUCGUCUGUCGUCCGUCCGUCACAAACCUAAUGACACAUAACUCCACAACCGUAAGUCGCUAUUCAACCAAACUUGGAUGAUAGAGGGACUUGGGGGACCUGCAUGUUAUGCUGCAAUCAAAGGUCACAUGGUAAGGUCAAAGGUCAUUUUCAGGUCAACAUUAAAGUUUACGUGCAAGGCUCUUAUGACAAGUGUUAUUCCAUCCCAGUCAUUUCACAAUGAAGUUUCGCUACAAUUCUGUUGCGUGCCCUCGCAAAUCAAGAUAUUUCUGGUUAUUUUCAUAAGUGGGCGAGACACAAAAUCGCUUUUGCCUUGUAUUUCAACUUAAAUAUUGCAGAAGGUUUGAGAGAAAUCCAUCAAAGAAUAAAUAGUUACUAGAAUUUUAAUCAUUCGAUUUGUGAUAUCAUAUGCGAGCAGCUUUCAUACAUAUCAAAUGGUAAAAAAAUAUAAUCAAUUAAAUGUCAUUUUCUCAGAAAAUUGAGAAUGUUUUUUUACUGUGACAUUCAGUAUAUCAAUGCACAAAUCAUUCCGCACCCAUUCCUUAUAAGAAAAAAAAAAUAAGUUUUUACGAACUAUUAAAAAAAAAAAAAUUCGAGCGUUUUAUAUUACAAAACUUAUGGGGCAGCUGCUCGUUUAUGAUGUCACAAAUCCAGAACUUAAAAUUCUGAUAACUUCAUUAAUUUUUACUGGAUUUUCCUCAAACCUUCACCAGUAUUUUUUUUUACAACAAACUUUUGUUCAGGGUGAACUUCCCCUUUAACCCACUUUAAGCAUUCCGUGGGCAGUUCUCUGUAUUCUGCUAAAGCGAAAUUGAGCUUUGCCAUGAACAAAAAAAUAUAUACAUACUGUUCAUUAAAGGGGAAUCCAACCCAAAUAAAAACUUGUUUUUACAAGGAAAAGAAAAAUCAGACAAGUUGAUAGGUGAAAGUUUGAACAAUAUUGGACAAAUAUUGGUAAUCACUAUACCCAUGGAGACUUCAAAUUGGCCGCAUAUGGGAUGUCAUAGUGAUGUAAGGCAAGGACUACUCUUCCAUAUACUCCAAUACAUAUUUUGGCUAAAAUGUCAUUUUUCCCAAAAGUUUUAUUUCAAAUUAUAUUUUUCUUUCAUGAGGACAUAAAAACAAUAUUCUACCUGGGUUAUUUUUUAGAUUACUUCCCCAGGGGAAUGGGUACUUAGGAGAAAACCACAAAUCCCUGAUAAUAAAGUACAUGGCCUAUGGGAAAGUUGUCCUUGCCCCUUGUCAUAAGUUACUUACCCAGUUUCCAAUUUGAAAUCUACAUAGUAUUAGUGAUCUUAAUUUUAAAGCAGCUGUAACUUUUUAAUUGCUUGUCCGAUUUCUUUCAAACUUUCACCAUUCUGUUUAAUUAUUUUUCUCCUUCCCAACACAACAUUUUAUGGCCAAGGCUGGAUUCCCUUUUAAGAUAUGAACAACUCAGAAGAAUCCUUUUCUCCUUGAAUUAGUCUUCCAUUUUGGUUCAAUAGCAAUCUUAAUGCCGCAAUAUGAAAUUAUUGAUUUUCACAUACUAUGCAUAGCCCAUGCAUAUUAUGUCGAAUUUAUAGGCUUCUCAAACAAGUUUGAUCUAUGCAAAAUUUAUGUGUGACUUAGCUGAAAGACAGUUUAAUGAAAGGGGGGGGGGGGGGGUUAACUUGCGAUAAACUUUUUGACUACAUAUAUUUGUUUACAAUACAGGAUUAUGGUGUGUGUGUGUGUGUAAAGUAUGCAAUUUUCUAUAUUUUAAUGAGUCACUGGUUCCAUAAUGAUUAAGAACAGGCCUAUACGCAAGAGUUUUUAUUUGUAUAAAUUGUUCAAUGCAUUAUGUAUGUUUAUCCCACCAUGUUGUGACUGUAUAUAUUGUUUAUAUUUGCUUUAAAUGCAUGUUGUUAAACAUAUGCAAUCAGUACUACUUUCUCUUUCAACUGCCAGCAUUCCAAGAAAAACGUUAAACAUGAUAUUGUAAGCUAACCUUGUAUUCACUCUUUAACAGGUUUUCUAUGAUAAUGAUUAAUGACUGCCAUAUUGAAUCUUUCACAUGAAGAAUUGCAUAUUCUGCUACAGUACAUAUUCUAUUCCAUAAAAGUAUGUAUACAUGUCUUGACUCCUAUAUCUGGGACAAUCCUAAAAAUGAUUUUUUUUUCUAGUUCAAAUGAAAAGUUGUCAUGCUCUAAAAUGAUCAUGGUUUGAGCCGUGUGUAAAGUGAAGUAAGAAUGGAGAUAUUGGCAGUCGGUCUAACUAAAAGGGUUGAUUAUUUGAUGAAAUUGCCCUAUAUAAUUUAAGUAUGAUGAAAUCAUACAUAUUCAUGUUAAAAGCAUUCUAAAUAAAAAGAAUACUUUCGGUGAACUACUGUAUCGAUUUGGUGCUGUUAACACUCUUGAGUGAAUCUGGUUAUAUUUAUUUUGCCCUGUGUGUAGUCAAGAAUUCAUCAAGUUAUUACAUACAUCAAGGGCUUAAAAGCACCUAAUUGCAGCUCCUUCAUUACAGCAUCAAUAUGAAUAUGUCCUUGAAAUUUUAACCCCAAAAUGUUAUUUGUCAUGGUCAUUGAUAAGCACACUGGCGUUAUAUGGAUUUUCCCUGUACAUACAUUUCAUAUCAUCAAGAUGUGUGAAUGGCAUAUUUCAUAUACAUGCAUGUAAAUUAUGAAUCACCGAUUCUGAAAAUCAUGUCACUUAUGCCUGGAAACAUCAUAAUUGUACAUGUACAAUAACUUUAAUCAUAGACUUUCAUUUUUAUGGCAAUAAUGACACAAUAAUACGUCAACUGUAUAUGUCCCAUAUUCUUGAUACAAUUUAUCCAGCUAUAGCACACUCUUACAUAAAAGAUGAAAUACUAUUGUGAUAUAAUCUUAUCAUAACUUUGAAAUGUAGAUUUUCCUAUCAGAGUGGUAAGAAAAUUUGUACUUGGGAGUUCACUGUGUCAUACUUUUUGCUUAAACUCAUUGUUCAAUUUUAAGCCGUUUUGAAACAAAAAUGAAAUUGUAUUUUGAUAAAAUCAGUACUAUUUUUUUCUAUUAAAACAAAGCAAAACAAUAAAAUUUUAUAGUAAUUGA